AUGACUCGUAUGCCUCCCCCCGACGGGCCACCUGCGCCGCCAGGUGCGCAUGGUGCCUAUGAGCCUUCAUGGCGUCCUCCCUUUCCCCCGUCCUUCGACGGCCAUGGGCCUGACUCCCGACGCUCAUCUACGACCUCCCAGACGCCCCUUCCGCCUCAAGGAUAUCCAGCCAUGCAUCGCGAACUCCCCCAACUUCCUCUCGAUGGCCCAUAUGGUCGACCCAAUAGCUUGCCAGGAUCCGUUCAAUCCCCUCCCGCGCCAGAGGCCAACCCUCACCCCGGUUUCCGUCCCUCCAUUGGCGACAUCUCGCCGCAUUCCGGCCCGGAGUAUCGUGUUCGAAUGGGGUUCCAACACUCGGAGAGUGAACCUGUCCCAACAUCCGGCCCUUCCCAAUACCUGACACCCACUCCCCCGAUUGCGACCACCCCAGGUCCCUACGAUCCAAGCUAUUACCAGAAUCAAAGCUAUGCCGCACGCCAGCGUAAGGCCGCUCGAGCGACUCAGGCGUGUGACCAAUGUCGGUCUCGCAAGGCCAAAUGCGAUGAAGGACGGCCGGCUUGCAGCCAUUGCAAGGAAAAUAGUCUGAUCUGUGUGUACAAAGAAGUGCCGCCUCACAAACAAGAGAAGACCACUCAGCUGGUGUUGGAUCGAAUUAUGCAAAUGGAAGAUCGCAUGGAUGACCGCAUGUCUCAACUGCAGACGGUUCAGGUGGAGCAUGGGACGAUCCUUAGCUCGCUCAUGAGCGACAAGUACCGGAUGAUCAAGGAUCGCCCGAUUGCUCCGGUCCCGACUCGCGACCCAUUGCUCAAGGCAGAGGUUGCGGGUAUGAUGAAGGACACGGAAAUGCAGGAUGAGCACAGUUCUUUCUACAGUCAAAAGUUGGAACCCAUGGAAACCACCCUGGAGGAACAGCAGUCGGAAGGGGAGUUGUCAAUCCCUGUCGAACACACUACCGCGGCCCACAAGCUUCUGAUGUGGCCAUCUAUCAAGAAGCUCCUCUACCCGCACGAAUACGACGAGGACUACGUGAUGAGAUUGGAGGAAGAACGUGGUCUCAUCAGUGUCUAUGGUCAGGGCGAGAUCUCCUACACUGCCGAUGAUAGUGAACUGCCCCCAUUUCCGAGGCUGCGGGAUGGCAGUAAAUGGGAGGAUGAUGGGGCUACUCGCAACCAACAAAGUUCGGAAUUUUUCCCUGAUGCCAACUCGGAUAUCGACCGGGUGGGUAGAUUCAUGGCGGAUGCCGAUACUUCUCGACGUUACUACCAGAGCUAUUUGGAGAACAUGCACAAGCUUCAUCCGUUCCUCGACCAGAAUGAGUUGAACGAGAAAGUGGAAAACUUCAUUCGAUUUUACUGCCCUCCAAGUUCCACUUCAGCCCCCGGCUCGAGUUCAAGCCGUGACAGCCAGACUGGAACUAAACGGAAGCGCUCCAACGAAAAUCUACGAGGUGCUCGCAGUGACAGCCAGUCGACAGAUGGCUCUUCGAACCCUUCGCGUCCACGAGUGGGAAGAAAUAUCGACAACGCCAUUAUCCUCUUGAUCUUUGCCAUUGGUGCCAUUUGUGAAACCAAAUCCCCGCUGCCGGGGCCGAUCCUCGACCACAAGCCUGAUUUCCGCAAGGAACACAUCCCCGGCCCCAUGCCCCCCAUUAAACACACCCACAAUCCCAGUGAUGUCCUCUCACCGACAGACUCGGGCACGGGCUUUCCAACCACGGCUUCCCUUUAUGCCAUUGCUGACAACACCGGCGAGUCCUUUGCACUCACUGCAGCCGAUUAUAAACGAAAUCUAUCACGACGCGACGUUACAACAAGCCAAGACCGGUUUGGCCGCACGAAAAACCACCAAGUCAUCCCCGGCCUGACUCUUUAUGGAUAUGCAACCGUUAUUCUGGGCCAUCUUCAGGGUGGCAUUGAAUUGGAACAUGUCCAGGCAGGCUUGCUUGCUGGUCUUUAUGCCGGUCAAUUGGCCCAUCCUUUCCAGAGCCAUGGCUGGAUUGCUCAAGCCUCUCGAGCCUGCCACGUGCUUGUUAGAGCGAAACGGUAUGAGCGGCUGGAAGAUGGUCCUACGCUGGAUCUUUACAAUUUCGCCUACUGGACUUGCCUGCAGUUGGAGAGUGAUCUGCUCGCAGAGCUCGAUCUUCCGGCCAGUGGCAUCUCUCGGUCCGAGGGUCGUAUGGGUCUUCCUAAAGGCAAAUACACCAUUUGCUUGCCGGAUGACCUUAGCGCGCCCUCCACUAUGAUGAUGUUGUUCUACUCGGCUCAGAUCCACCUCCGAAAAGUUCUCAACCGGGUUCACACGGACCUUUACAAGGUCGAGAAGCAAGGACAAACGAGGUGGUCGUCCAAUGUGCAAGAAACCCUCAGCAUGAACCUCGAUCUCUGGCGUACGAGCCUACCCGACAAUAUGAAGUGGAAGGACAAUGACCCGCCAACCGACGACAUUAAUGCAGCUCGCAUGCGAGCCAAGUACUACGGCGCCAGGUAUAUUAUCCACCGGCCUCUCCUGUACCACGCCCUCCAUUACGGUCAGACCGGUGCUCGGAUCGGCUCGGUUGCCCAGAACACGGUCGACUCGCCCACGGGGUCUAUGACCACCCAGACUCAACAUUUAUCUCCCUCAAUGGCAAACGCCACCCAACGGGCCUCAGCCAUGACGCGGAUUUCCAGUGACCUGGGCACCGCUGCCCCGUCGCUCACCAAUGGCUGGGCCCCGCCUACCGUGAACCUGCGGGAGCUCCCACAGAAACUCCGCCGGGCCUGCAAGGUCUGCAUUGACUCGGCGAUUCUGAGCACGGAAGCCUUUGAUGGGAUCCCGGAUCGCCUAGUCGUCACGAAUAUCUUCGGCACUGCCCAUGCGCAAUUCGGCAACAUGCUGGUUCUGUCUGCCACGUACAUGUCGAGUCUGACAGAACUCGUCGACAAGAAUACCCUUGAGCGUCUUCUCAAGCGGACGAUUCGUUUCUUGCUGCGCAGCGAGAACAUCUCGCCGACCCUGCGGGCCGAUGCGCGUAUUCUCACCGAGAUCUAUCAGAAGAUCUUUGGGCACCUACCACAAAUCAACUGA